CUAUAAAUAGGAGGGAUGAAGCCAGCAGAGAUCAGACUCUCUCUACAGAGACCUCUACAGCACACAGAUCCAGACAUGGCACCUACAAUCACUGCAGCAAUGACCAACUCUCAGGAGCAUCUGACUCUGACUCACAAGCUCAGAAAGCCUCUGGUGGAGAAGUUACGCAGAGAGCGAAUCAACAGCAGCAUUGAGCAGCUCAAGUCUCUCCUGGGUCCAGAGUUCCUCAAACAGCAGCCAGACUCCAAGCUGGAGAAAGCAGACAUCCUGGAGAUGACAGUUUGCUUCCUGAGACAACUGCAGCAGCAGCAGCAUCAAGCUGUGGACUCAGCAGCUGUCAAUCAGGGCUACUCCAGAUGUGUCCAAGAGGUGGCACACUUCCUGUCCAAAGAGGAGGUGAAGACACAAUCCCAGAGAAGACUGCUGAACCACUUCAACAGGCUGCAGUCCUCCUCUGAUAAGAACCUGAGAGAGGCUGACUUCUCUCCUCUGAGCUCCUCAGUCCAGACCAGCAUCACCAAAGACAAGAGUCCAGUCAACAGCACCCUCUGGAGGCCAUGGUAGACACCUACAGACUGGAGUCACUACCAGACAAACUGAGAUGACCAUGUUGGUCAAAGAUUACUGAACUGAAUUCUAUGAAAUUGAAGGACUUGUUCUUCUGUAGAAACAGAAGGUUGUA